GCUCGCUACUGCGCCUGCGCCUAAGGUAGACAGCUGAUAACUCAUCUAUUAUGCUACUUCGCUAAAUAAAAAUCUUCCUGAAAACUGAGCAGAGCCCGUCGUUGGAGGCAUCGGAGGACCGAAAACCAAAGUCGUGCGAUGGGAGUUUGUCUCCUCUGGGGGAACACUCAGCUGCAGAAUCAACAUCUUCUACACCUGAACUGAACACACUCUAACACACACCUGUGUAGCCUCUCACACGCGCACACACUCACACCCUCAGACCACAGGGGGAAUUGUUUUUUCACCUUAGGGUCAGACACUGCCGUUCCACAGUGCAUUGCUGCGCCACCGUCGUCCACCAUGUCGGACGCCCCCGAGGCUGCGCCCCCCAGCCCCCCUCCCCUCACCAACCCGCCCCCACCUGAGGUCACGAAUCCCAACAAACCUGGCAGGAAGACCAAUCAGUUGCAGUACAUGCAGAAUGUGGUGGUGAAGACUUUGUGGAAGCAUCAAUUUGCCUGGCCUUUCUAUCAACCUGUUGAUGCCAUCAAACUCUGCCUGUCGGACUACCACAAGGUCAUCAAGAACCCGAUGGACAUGGGAACCAUUAAGAAACGUCUGGAGAACAAUUAUUACUGGAGUGCCAGUGAGGCCAUGCAGGACUUCAACACCAUGUUCACCAACUGUUACAUCUACAACAAGCCGACAGAUGACAUUGUCCUGAUGGCACAAGCUCUGGAGAAAAUCUUUCUGCAGAAAGUUGCUCAGAUGCCUCAAGAAGAAGUAGCUCUGCUGCCUCCCGCUCCCAAAGGAAAGAACAAGAGCAAACAGCCUGCUGCUGCCACAACAGUGAGUCAGCAGGCAGAGUCUUCAGCCUCCUCUCCUCCCUCCUACCCGUCUCCGUCUCCCUCUCAGACACCUGUCAUCUCGACCACACCCACACCUGUCCAGACGACACCCCCUGUUUCUGCUCCACAGCCCCCGGCAACCUUGAUGCCGUCUGCACAGCCUGUUGUCAAGAAGAAAGGUGUGAAGAGGAAAGCCGACACCACCACUCCCACCACGUCAGCCAUCUCUGCCGGCCGUGCAGACUCUCCGUCCGCUCAGGACAAUAAACCAGCCAAACUUGGCUCAUCGAGGCGUGAGGCCUCUGCUCGCCCUGCAAAGACCCGCAGGGAGACUGUUGAGGAGCUGGCAGGGGCUGAGGUGGGAGCUGGUGGAGGUGCAGUAGGAGGGAGGAAAAGCGGUAAGCUGGGUGAGCAGAUGAAGCACUGCGACGCCAUCCUCAAGGAGAUGCUCUCUAAGAAACACGCAGCCUAUGCCUGGCCUUUCUACAAGCCAGUGGAUGCUGAAGCGUUGGAGCUGCACGACUACCAUGACAUCAUCAAACACCCAAUGGACCUCAGCACUGUCCGGAAAAAAAUGGACAAAGGAGAGUACAGUGAUCCUCAGAGUUUUGCAACUGACGUCAGGUUAAUGUUCUCCAACUGCUACAAGUACAACCCCCCAGAUCAUGAAGUGGUUGCAAUGGCCCGAAAGCUACAGGACGUGUUUGAGAUGCGUUUCGCUAAGAUCCCAGAUGAAGGCUUGGAGGCAUCAGUCCCAUCUACAACCCCAUUGGUCAGUAAAAGCACCGCCUCCUCUGACAGCAGCAACAACUCCUCCUCAGACGAAUCAUCUGACUCAGAGGAGGAGAGAGCCACUCGAUUGGCUGAGCUACAGGAGCAGGUUGGUGCUGCCGACCAAUCACAGUUGAAGGCAGUGCACGAGCAGCUGGCCGUCCUGUCCCAGGCUCCAGUCAGCAAGCCAAAGAAGAAGAAAGAGAAGAAAGACAAGGAGAAGAAGAAGGAGAAGGAAAAAGACAAAGGGAACAAAGGCAAGAUGGAGGAAGAGAAGAAGCCCAAGGCUGCCGCUCAGCAGCCUAAACCAGCCAAUCAGAAAAAAGCGCCAGCCAGGAAAGCCAACAGCACGGUGACUGCCACCAGGCAACCUAAGAAAGGCAGUAAAGCCUCAGGCUCAGCCAAUGGAGACGAUGGAGAGGAGUCAUCCCUGCCAAUGUCCUAUGACGAGAAGCGCCAACUGAGUCUGGAUAUAAACAGGUUGCCAGGAGAGAAGCUGGGCCGUGUUGUCCACAUCAUCCAGUCAAGAGAGCCAUCGCUGAGGGACUCCAACCCCGACGAGAUCGAGAUUGACUUUGAAACCCUAAAACCCUCCACACUCAGAGAGCUAGAGCGCUAUGUCAAAUCCUGCCUGCAGAAGAAGCAGAGGAAGCUAAUGCAGAAAGCAGCAGGAGGUGGGGCCUCAGGAGGCGGGGCUAGUCGUUUGAGUGGCAGCUCCUCUUCCUCCUCUGAUGACAGCUCCUCAACGGGAACCUCCUCUUCCUCUGACACAGACUGAGCACACAUAAAUGCACAGUGCAUCUCCACACACAGACAUGUUACUGAACACACACACAGAGGUUUAUCCACUCGACACACACACACACAUACACAAACAAAACUCAUCUCUACAGUUAGCACAUGCAGAUACAGACUAACACACAUCUAUGUAAACUUCCAUCCUGAACAAACACCCACACAAGCAAAGACAGAGAUACACACUCUGAACUUCUGAUUACACACCUCCAUACACAUAUCUAUAAAUAUAUAAACCCCACACACACAGAAACACACAUACCCAGACUUGAGACUGUAUGUAAAUAGGCUGACCUGUUUUUUUAGCUCCUAGUGUUUUUUUUUUUUUUGUUCUUUUCUGGAGAAAUG